CUUUCGUGGGCAGCUCAUUCUCGUCUAAACGGAGGUCCUUCAGGUCCCGGCGCAUGUUUUCAACCCUCUCCUUCUCACAGCUCCUGACAACUACCCCCAAAACCCGGUGUGUCACAGAAAUGUGUCCAGGUGAAUGACCCGAUGGAGGAAAUGGGUGAUAAUGCAAACAGAUAAGGCUCCGGGUACCUGUUGAACACAGCCAGGACCUCCUGAAUCUGGACCCUCUGACACGGGCCAGCAGGAGCCUCAGUCCUCCUCUCCCGAAUCUUCCCACUGGCUCCCCUAUCCAGCUCAGGUUUGCGGGCCUCCUCGCAGCCACACGUCGACCGAAUGACCGAAGGGAUGUUUCGUCCCGCUCCGUCCCCCAUCUACACCCUGAGGGGGGCCGGUGGGCCCCUCAACACCCUCCACUUCAGCUGCAAGGGAGGGAACACUCCCCUCCUGUUUUCUGGGUCGGGGAAGGGCGCCAUCCAUGUGUGGAACCUCGACACCAGGAGAGCCGAGAAGGUCGUGGAAGGUCACUCUGGUCACUCGGUGGUCUGGGUUGGCACGCUGCAGGAGACGGAUGCCCUCGUCAGUCAGGGGCGGGACAUGCGGGUGUGUCUGUGGGAUCUGAGCGAAGGUCGUGGCGAGGUGACGGACUCCGUGUGGACCGGCAGCGUGGGGUUCUGCCAGUGCUCCGUGCUGGAGACCAGCCCCUCGGCGCGCCUGCUGGCCUUCGCUGGACAUCAGACCGAAGAGAUCAAGGUUAUUGAGCUGCCCGGCAAGACCCCAGUCUGCACCCUGGUACCAGACGCCAAGCUGGGGAUGGUCAUGUGUAUCAAAUUGUGGCAGCCCGACUCGGGUCACGGGCCGCUCCUGGUGGCUGGAUACGAGGACGGUUCCCUGUUGCUGUGGGACGUAACCCAGAGGUCCGUGCUGAGCCGAGUCAAAGCCCACCCGGAGCCCGUCAUGUGCCUGACCUUUGACCUCCAGGGUCUGAGGGGCGUGUCCGGCUCCUCCGAGAAGCGACUCUCCGCCUGGAUGCUGGACGGACAGAACAACCUGCAGCUCCAGGACUACGUUGCCCUGGUCAACCCCGGGGUCUCCCAGCUUUGCGUCAGGGGCGACGGCAGACUCCUGGCGUCGGCGGGCUGGGACCAUCGGGUGCGGGUAUUCGGGUGGAAGAAGCUCCGGCCGCUGGCGGUGCUCCAGUACCACACCGACAUGGUGCUCAGCGUGGCCUUCUCCGACCACCGGGACCCCGGGCAGAGGCUGCUGGCCGCCGGGUCCAAGGACCACCGGGUCAGCCUGUGGUCGAUAUACAACGAGGGAGCGCACACCGGCUGAGCCACUGGGAGGACAGUUGGACCUUUAAUCAAUACUUCCUGCAGGUGUUGACCUGACACAAAAUAACGCUAGAAGCCGACAAUUCAGUAAUAGCCAAUGGACAAGUGGAUAUGUGAAUAUAUUUAGCUCCUUACCUCUUCAUAGUGUUGACGUGUGGAAGUAACCACCAUAUAUAAAUCAUUGUUUUGGAAUUAGGAACCUGGUGAAUAAUCCAGUUAUGAUUUUAAAAAAAGAAACUGCUCAUGACUCCAUUUGUCCACGUCAGUAUGAUUUGAAAUGCAUCAUUCACAACAGGCAGCUGAUGUUACCUGAUACGGUUAACACUGCAUCCUGCUACGGGAUUCAUGCAGAAGACACUGGGUUAAAAAUAUUACCCUUAACUAAUUUUAUUUUGUUCUCAAAUGAACUGAAAUGUAAAUCUGUGAUUUACUUUUCCAGGCACAUUGUACCAUUUUAAUAUACAAAGUCCUAAUGCCAUUCUCUCAAACAAUGGGUACAGCAAUAAAAUAGAAAUAGUGAGUUCUGCAUUUGUAACAUAAGGGACCUUGUUAACUCCUUGUUACGUAGAUAUUUUACAGUGUCUUAAGUUUUCUUAAAUAAAAUGUCCUUUAAAUGAGAGUUAGGUUGAAAUCAAAUAGUUCAACAGACAUCCGGCGUCUUUUUAGUCAGCCCGAAGCCUUUUUGUGAGGCUCUGCGCGGCUUUGUGAUGGCGUUGACUCGUCUGAUGGGAGAUUCGCUCCAGCGGAUCUGAAUCUGAGCAAUACGGCGCACCUGAUCGGCUGUGUAAUCUGGUGUUGUUUUUCUAGCGGGUCUUUAGCUUAACACACUGGCCCCUCCAGCCUGACCUGAGCUGUUUGUCAAACAAGGUUAAUCACAGCGGUGGCACGAAGAACAGAGAUCUGUUGGUUUAGUGCUGCUGCUGAUCUGCAGAUACUCUCCUUCUUCAGCAUAAUCUCUUUGUGUGCUGGUUUUCUUUUCCAAAUGUUCUUUGUUAAUCUUAAAGGUUAGUACUGGAAGAAAUUACAUCGCUGUAAACAUGAAGCUGAACUGAAAUCAGCAACAAAAAAACAACUUUUAAUGUCCUCUGAAACACUUUAAAACAAGACAAUUGGUAACUUCCACUUUUACUUUAAAUGUAAAACCAAAUACUGAUCGUUUUCCGUCAACAAGGACGUGUUGUUUUUCUCUCUUUUUGUCUCUAAUAAUACAUCUGUGAGUCAAUGAGCAGCGCGGGACCUCGUGUGCUGCAGCCCUGCUCCGAGAGGCCGGGGCUUCAAACGCUCCACAUUCUGCCUCGUGGAGGCUUUGUCUCGCGGGACGACCCCAAGUUGGGAAGCGCAGCUCUCUUUACAGGAAAGGCCUGAGAAAUCAAAGAGCCAGAAUAGCAUAAAAGCCACAAAUCAUUAGUGACCAGAGGAAAGUGAAGGUCACAA